CGUGAAGGCAUCAUCAGACGUUGUUGGAGAAGCUUGUGGAGGAAGGAAAAGGUGGCCGAUUCGAGGCAACCGAACAAACCCCCGUUCGUCGGCGAGGGCCGUUCUGAUUCACCGUAUUUUUACCUCCCCCAGCGUUGGAAGAGGAUAUUUUAAUCAACACACAACUCCUCAUCUACGAUGGCUGAGCAAAACAGCAACGUCAGAUAUCAAGAGCUGGUGAAUGAGGAGGAGCCGCUCCCGACAUCUCAAGAGGGUCCUUCCCCGGAUGCACCUCCCCCAUACAGCAGCGUUGCCGCAGCUAAUGCAGCUUUCUUUGAGUACAAGGAAGAUGGCGACAGAUUCCCCAACCCUCCGUCCUACAGCGUCGCCACAACUUUGCCCUCCUACGACGAAGCGGAGAGAAGCAAAGCGGAGGCUGCCGUCCCCCUCGUCACCGGAAGAGUCACGGAGGAUGACUUUGUGGCCCGAGAUGACUUUGAGGAUACUGACCAGCUGCGAAUCGGCAACGACGGCAUCUUCAUGCUCACUUUCUUCAUGGCGUUUCUCUUCAACUGGAUCGGCUUCUUCUUGUCGUUCUGUUUGACCACGUCAGCUGCCGGUCGAUACGGAGCCAUCUCGGGGUUUGGUUUGUCCCUCAUCAAAUGGGUUCUUAUCGUCAGGUUUUCCACCUACUUCCCAGGCUACUUUGACGGCCAGUAUUGGCUGUGGUGGGUGUUCUUGGCCUUGGUUGUUUGCAUUGCAGGCUUCAUGCUGUUUGUCAGAGGCUUCGUCAACUACUCGAGAGUGCGCAAGCUGGCUGAUCCCACCUAUGCCAGUCUACCCCGAACAAGGGUGCUCUUCAUCUAUUAGACCGAGAUGUGGAGGACAAUGACAUGACGACAUGACGCAGAAAUCCAGACGGCUCUUAAGCGAGCGAACCAUUUGAGGAAAUCGUCAACUCUUUUUGUUUGUCUUCGUAUUUAUGGAAAGCGGUUAGCAGUACUUGUCCCUCAGUGUCGUCAUUAGCGGCGCAUGUUCUCUCCAUCUUGUGUGUAAUGUUUAAUAAGUGAUGCCUUAAUAUUGCUUUGCUAGAAUUACAAGCAUGACUUUUGCUCUCCCGGGAGAGGCUGGAAGUCACUGCACGUCUUCAUGAUUCAACAUUCGCCAUAUACGCAUUUUGGGGGGUGGUUUUUUUCUGUUGUGACGGUUAUAUAGGCUCUCUUCACACACUUGCACAGCUAGCUGUAAAUGAUUACGCCACAUUGCUCACUCAACUGUUAGCUUGAGGGUUAGCAGUGUUGUCUCCUGCCCCGGGUGGUUCCUUCAGGGCAUUCGUUCCAAGCAGAGACAAAUGAUAAAUGGAUACAAGUGAUGGCACACAGAAUGUGUUUCCCGAUACAACUAGUGCAGUGAUUCCCAACCUUGAUUGAGCCAAGGCGCACGGCACCAAAAGAGAAAAAUCUCAUGAUAAGUCAACACACACGCUAAUUGUAGCUUUUGACAUCCAGUGGAAGAGUAUUUCAUUGUUAUGGCUGCCACUUUAUCUUGCUGACAUAGAUAGACGAACAAAGAUACGUUUGUGGUGGUGAAUAAAUUAUUUUCAGACCACUUCAGUGAAAUUGGAUACUGUACUUUUCUGUGGCACAUUGAGUGGCUGGGAAUCACUGGUUUAGUGUACGUGCUUGUCAUGCAUGUGUACAACUCGGGUGCACUGUCUAAAAUUGCACCCUUGUGUCACAUGUUAUUUUGCCCUGUUUUUGUUGUUUAUCAAUUCAGAUGAAAUGCUUUUAGUCAUUAAAAUCACUUCAAGUCAGUGUGAGAUGUUCAAGAACACAUUUUGUGAUCUCCCAAUGACAAUUAAAUAAGAAAGUACCAAUAUUCUGGGUCAUUUUUACUGGCAUCACCACAAAAGUGAAGAUUUUUGGGCUUUUUAUUUGCCACUUUGAUGCCCAAACGUGACAUAGUCAUUUCCUUCCCCCCUCCGACUGUCAUCUUGUUCAUUUUCAUGUAUUUGAAAAUUAGGUCUCCUUUCACCCUUCUUGUGGGUGAAAGUACAACUUUAUCAAAGAAUGUUGUAUGCAGGUGCACUUUUCUCAAUACACAACUGUCAGAAAUCGUCAUUUGACCUCAAGCUGAAACAAAAUCCGAGUGCGUGACUAUUCUUAUUUGCAUGCCAGAAAGAUUCUCUGUUGAAGCACAAGUUUUCGUUUUAGCCUUAAUGAUUUCAACUUCACUGUCACAGCUUUAAUGCUCAUUUAAAGUGAUCUAGAACGACAUCAAUGAGGUUUUGUUGUGAUGCUGUACAGAAGGGAAGAUUUAAUUCAAUAAAUGUCACUUUAAAAUA